AUUUUCCCCAAUCCCCUUCUUCCCCAACAAUACAGGGAAAAAAAAAAAUAUCAACCUAUCAUGGCAGCUCACAGCUCAACUCUCACCAUAUCCGUACUUCUCAUGCUCAUCUUCUCCACCUUAUCCUCCGCUUCCGACAUGUCAAUUAUUAGCUACGACGAGACUCAUAUUCACCAUCGUACCGACGAUGAAGUCUCGGCGUUGUACGAGUCCUGGCUAAUCGAGCACGGAAAAUCGUACAACGCCUUAGGAGAAAAGGAUAAGAGAUUCCAGAUCUUCAAGGAUAACUUGAAAUAUAUAGACGAACAGAACUCUGUUCCGAAUCAGAGUUAUAAGCUCGGAUUGACGAAAUUCGCCGAUCUGACUAAUGAGGAGUACAGGUCGAUUUACUUGGGUACGAAGAGUUCCGGUGACCGGAGGAGGUUGUCGAAGAACAAAAGUGAUCGGUAUCUUCCUAAAGUUGGGGAUAGCUUGCCGGAAUCAGUUGACUGGAGAGAUAAAGGUGUGCUUGUUGGUGUUAAGGAUCAAGGAAGCUGUGGGAGUUGUUGGGCAUUCUCUGCCGUUGCUGCCAUGGAAUCAAUAAACGCGAUAGUAACCGGGAAUUUGAUAUCACUAUCAGAGCAAGAGUUGGUGGAUUGUGACAAGUCGUACAAUGAAGGUUGCGAUGGUGGUCUUAUGGACUACGCCUUUGAAUUCGUCAUCAAUAAUGGAGGAAUUGACACUGAAGAAGACUACCCUUACAAAGAACGUAAUGACGUAUGCGACCAAUAUAGGAAAAAUGCCAAGGUUGUCAAAAUAGAUAGCUAUGAAGAUGUUCCAGUUAAUAACGAAAAGGCGCUGCAAAAGGCUGUUGCACAUCAACCUGUGAGCAUUGCACUUGAAGCUGGUGGCAGAGACUUCCAGCACUACAAAUCUGGCAUCUUUACUGGAAAAUGUGGUACUGCAGUGGAUCAUGGUGUAGUUGCUGCUGGAUAUGGUUCUGAGAAUGGCAUGGAUUAUUGGAUCGUUAGGAACUCAUGGGGAGCUAAAUGGGGAGAGAAUGGCUACCUCAGAGUCCAACGUAACAUUGCCAGCUCUAGUGGCUUGUGUGGUUUAGCCACAGAGCCUUCAUAUCCAGUAAAGACAAGCGCAAAUCCUCCUAAACCCGCUCCAUCUCCUCCAUCUCCAGUCAAGCCACCUACACAGUGUGAUGAAUAUUCUCAAUGCCCUGUCGGCACCACUUGCUGCUGUGUCCUCCAGUUCCGUAGGUCUUGCUUCUCUUGGGGAUGCUGCCCACUUGAAGGAGCCACUUGCUGUGAAGACCACUCCAGUUGCUGCCCACACGACUAUCCUGUCUGCAAUCUUCGUCAAGGCACCUGCUCAAUGAGCAAGGGCAACCCACUGGGAGUUAAGGCAAUGAAGCGCAUUCUUGCACAACCUAUUGGGGCCUUCGGAAAUGGAGGAAAGAAGAGCAGUUCUUGAAUUCUGCAAGCACCAAUACUGUGGAAUGAGGUGAAAGAGCAGCGCCAACAGAGGACGUGUAUUGGUACAUUGAUUAGCAUACCUCAUUUUCCAGAAGAAAGGUAUAGAGACAGACAAAUGCAUUAUCAAGAUUACAAGAUGUUGAUUAAUGAUUUGUAUAUAUUGCUUCUUUAUUGAAGAAGGAUUAUUGUUCUACUUUGUCUAAUUAUUCAGUACAUAGUCCUUGUUUCUUAUUA